UUGUGGGCUUGACGUGCAGGAACGAUAUCUCCAAUGUAUAGUUAAAGUUAAUAGUGUCCAUGAGAUAGUGUGUUAGUGUGACACCUUGGCUAGCUAUUCAGAAAGGAUAAAAAUAUUUUUUCGCCAUUUUAAAAACGAAAAAUUGAUGAUUGCUCUUUUUGUGGAAUAAUAUUAGUCAGUUAACCCAGCAAUCGUGAUGACGUUCACGUAAUAUUACGAGUACUGAGAUAUGUUCAAUUGUCGACAAUAAUAACUACUAUUAUUCAAAUCUAAAUAAGUGAUACUUUAUUGUACAUUAUUUAUGUACCUUUGUGAAUGUUUUUAUGGUUAAUAAUGAAGUUGAUUAACCAACUACGAUAGCAGAACGAGAUAUGGUAUUGUAUUAUCUUGGUGCAGUAAACGACAGUUUACUUGUUGGAUUUAUGAUUUGGUGGAGAUAUUCAGUGUACAAAGUUUGAAGUCUCCAGUCUGGGCUUUGGAAAACGAUAUUAAUUAAUAAAGUAAGGAUUAUGAGAAAUAUUGAGAGCUUCGUGCAAUCGUUGAAUUUGUUAGUCGGUCAGUAUGACGCAAGAAGCAGAGAAGGAACGGAGUUCAUCGGUGUGCUUUACACCUGGACAUCAAGAUGAUAAUGAAAGAGAUGAGAUACAUAUGUCACUGGCGCCAUACAUACAAACUUAUUUGGCUCAUAGUGGACAGGGUGUUGGAUGCUGUGGAAUUGGCCUCCCAGUGCCAUUUGAAAGAGCUGCUCCACGAUCGUGGUGGAAUCCAAAGUUUGAUUCUGAGAUACUUGAAGAGCAGUACAAAACCAGUUCUUUUCCUCAGCUCAAAUUGAGAUUCAGGUAUGCACUUCUAUACGUCCUCCUUAUCUCUCUCAGUUGGCUAAUCUACUUCAUGACGUUGGGAAUAAAAACUUCCACAUUUCAAUGGCUGACAAUCGUAAGCAUAUUCACCACACUCUUGAUCCUCAUGUCUUUUGUUUUCUACCUGACAUCAAGAGACUACUACAGGCGUCACAUCUUCUCAACAUCUCUGGUGGUCUCCAUCAUCCUGUGCGCCUUGUCGCUGCUUCUUCUAGUCCUGGUGCCACCAUAUGGAGCUACGGAAAAAGAGGGAUUGAGCCUGGUGAGUCACUUCUCCCUUUGCUCAGAAAUCCAACUGCUGAUCUACACCGUUAUUCCAAUGCCGUUGUACGCUUGCUUCGGAGUCUGUGCCAUGUAUUCAAUUCUCUUUGAAUGUCUAACCACAUAUCUUCACCAUCAACACCAGAAAUUUACAACCAACGAUCCAAUCGAGUCCAGCUCGACGCUCCUGACAAUCAAAAUUUUAACACAAUUGUGCAUUCACAUUAUCGGAGUUCACAUUCUAAUAAUGACAUUUGUGAGAAUGAGAGGGACAUUUAUGAAAGUUGGACAAUCUCUCCUUGUUCGUCGCCAACUGGAAAUGGAGAAGCAACUGAAGGAGAAGAUGAUCCACUCAGUUAUGCCUCCAAAAGUUGCAGAUUGGCUGAUGGAAGAGAGUGAGCGAGAACGUGAGCGAGAGGACUCGAUAAAAAAGGGCUCCAUUCCUUCCAAUAACGCAGACCUCAGGUCACUCUUUCGUCCAUUCAAUAUGCACUCCAUGGGCGAUGUCUCCAUCCUCUUCGCUGAUAUCGUUGGCUUCACCAGAAUGAGCUCCAACAAAACAGCUGAAGAAUUGGUGGGCAUUCUCAAUGAUUUGUUCGAAAGAUUUGAUGAACUAUGUCAGCAGCAUGGCUGUGAGAAGAUUUCCACCCUUGGUGACUGUUACUACUGCGUUAGUGGCUGUCCAGAACCAAGACUAGAUCACGCAAAGUGUUGUGUAGACAUGGGGCUGGCCAUGAUCGAGGCGAUAAAUCAAUUCGACGUGGAAAGAAGAGAGGGAGUUAACAUGAGGGUAGGAGUGCACACUGGAACGGUUCUCUGUGGAAUCGUAGGUACAAAAAGGUUCAAAUUUGACGUCUGGUCAAAUGAUGUUACUCUUGCCAAUAAGUUAGAGAGCACUGGAACAGCUGGAAGAGUUCAUCUCAGUGAAAAAACGUUGAGUUUUCUCGGUGAUCAAUAUCUGACGGAAGAAGGGGAGCCUGUCAAGGGAGUUAAGACGUUCUUCAUCAAAGGCCGAAAAUUAGAUAUCAUAAAUAAAUUCAUAAGCAACAUGGGUCCAUUAUCAACAAGCAUAUCACCAAUUUUACAUGCACGCCAGCGAGUAUCGUCUUGCAAUGAUCAAUCAAAACCUAGACAGCAUUAUUUGCACAUGCUUACUAAUACCAAUAAUUAUCGAAUUAAGGCCAAUUCAUUGCCAAGUAUUCUUGAUUGCGAGGCUGAUGAAUUCAAAGAAGAGGACGAAGAUGGAGAAUUUGAGAAAGACGUGAGACAGAGCCCUUUGAGUACUGCCAGUUGUGGGAAGAAAAAAAAAGCUAGACCCUGGAAAUAUUUGCAGAGGCAGAGGACAACCGAAGAAAUGACUCCUCUUAAAUGCGAUGCCAGCAAAACAAUUCAAUUUCAGAGGGAUACGUCGCAAAUUAGAGACGUGGAAGAUGAAAAUAGUGGGAGGAAUGGUGGUCCUGUGAGUAAUUUUGUCGAGAUGAAUCCGAAUCCUAGAUCAGUGAGUCCUCUAUCGAAUAACGGCCAGGCACCUUUGAGUCAUGCGUCCUCGGUCUGCAGCAGAAAGGACUCGGGAAUCAGAAGCAACAGCAGAAGGAGCAGCAUUCAACAGCAGCUGUUUUUAAUGAACGGAUUAACUCAGGGGGAUUUACUAGGGCAGCGGGUCAGCGGAUAUUAUACAUCAAGUUCUACACUUAAUUCUAGGGAGGAUCCCUCGUCUUCAGGGGCUCCUUCGUAUCCACCGUAUCCCUUUUCUCCUGCUGUCACUGACACCUUUGGGGCGUGUUUUCAUAAAUUGAGGAAGCAGUCAGAUCUGCAGUUGAUUCGAUGUGUUCAGGAUAACGUAUCGUCUCAACACUCCUACUUCGUGAAAGCUCCUCUCUCCCAUAUAACUCUCUUCUUCAAAAAUAGAGAAAUGGAGGAGGAAUAUAGGGAAAAUGCCCACAAGACGAGUGAAAGCAUAGGAGACAAUCCACCGACUCUAGCUACCUCACGUUUCAACACCUACUUUGACAUCCUCGUCUCAGCCCUCGUCUACACAGCAAUCACAGUCUCGCUCCUGAUGCUCAGCAGUCCCACCAUCUACUUUGUGACAUUUUGUACAAUAGCCACAGCAAUUGAGGUAUUCGUGGUAAUUCGCUGCAUACGUCAAUUAGUUGCUCCUAAUUCAGCGUCUGUAAUUGCAACAGAGAGAAUCUCCAAAUUCUUUACCAAAUGGUAUCCCUGGCAUUGUUGUGGUGCACUUCUGGUGAGCCUACCCAUCAUAUCUAUCUUCGUGAAUCUCAAUUGGAGAAAUGAUUUCGAAUCAAAUCUAACAAAUCACAUCGAUUAUUACUACUGCUAUUUAAUUUUCGUGGGUUUUGUACAUUUUUGCAAUUUUACGCAGUUAAAUUGUUGGAUGAAAAACUUUCUCGUGACAUUUACAGCUGUACUUUUUGUAAUAUUUAUGGUCAGUAAUGUCGGAUCAACUGAUAUUGAUACAAUGAAACCACAAAAUGCCUUAAACAGCUCAUAUAUAUUAAAAUCAAAAAAUUUAACAUUAAAAUUGUCUGAAACAUUGAACAACAGUUCCACUAACGCGAGCGGAACGAUUGUGAAGAAACAUAGAUUACAGUACAACGAUGGUUUUUACGACAGAGAGAUAUUUCUUGAUAUUAUACUACUUUUGAUACUCGUAUGGUUUUUAAAUCGUGAAUUUGAGAUUAGCUAUCGCUUGAGUUUUCAUGGUAAUGCUGUUGCGGCUAGGGAUAAAUCCCGUGUCCAAUCAAUGAAAAAUCAAGCUGAUUGGUUGUUGCAUAAUAUCAUUCCCAAAUAUGUUGCGGAUCAGUUGAAAACAACAGCCAAAUAUUCCCAGAAUCACAAAGCAGUAGGAAUUAUAUUUGCUAGUAUUGUUAAUUUUAAUGAGCUUUAUGAUGAGUCUUAUCUGGGGGGUAAGGAAUACUUGAGAGUUUUGAAUGAAUUGAUUGGAGAUUUUGAUGAGUUGCUCGAGAAAAAUGAAUUCUCAAAUGUCGAAAAGAUCAAGACUAUUGGCAGUACAUUCAUGGCGGCCAGUGGGCUCAAUCCACAAGUUAGAAAUGGAAAUUCUCAUAAUUAUCAACAUUUAUUUCAACUUCUAGAUUUUGCUGUUGCAAUGCAUAAAGUUAUUUAUGAUUUUAAUAGAGAUCUGUUGGGAUUCAAGUUGAUACUUAGAGUGGGCUUUAACUUUGGAGAUGUCACUGCGGGGGUCAUUGGAGCAACUAAGCUUUAUUACGAUAUUUGGGGUGAUGCUGUUAAUAUUGCGUCUAGGAUGGAUUCUACGGGUGUUGCUGGCAGAAUACAACUGCCCAGUUAUUGUAUCGAGGCGUUGCAGGAGAGAUACGAGUUCGAACCCAGGGGACAGGUUUAUGUUAAGGGGAAAGAUAAUAUGGACGUUUGUCUUUUGAUUGGCAAAAAGGAGUGAGAAUAUUUAUUAUUCAUUUUAAUUACCUGCGGAUGAAAAAAUUCAAUAGAGAAAUUUUACGAAUUUGUUGAAAAACUCUAUUAAAUUUCUAGGGGGUUAUACCUCUCUUCAAAUAGCCGAUAUUGCAACUGACAUCAUCAAAUUGGAGAUGUUGAUCUUGAUCUUUUGGACGCAAUUGAACAAGCGUCUAAACAGCGGAGAAAUAAUGGUCGAUGAAUUCCGAUACUUACUGUGAUUUACUUCAUUAUUAAAUUAAUAAUAGACCUGAGAA